AGCUUGCUAAGAAACCACAUCUACCCAGCCAUAACACAGAGGUAUUGAGCACCGUGCCUCUGUACGGCCAGGCCAGGCACUGCUUCACUUAUAAGGGAGAUCAUCUAAUGAGUGUUCCUACUCUCGACCAGUGUAAACGGGCCUCAACUCCAUACUUCUCUUAUCAAGAUCUUCCUAGAUGGUAAUCUCCCAUUGAACCUGUGUCAUUCUUCAGGAUGGAAAAAGACAGGAGUCACAUGACUGAGAGCAUAUUGAAUGUUAUUCUGGAGAUCAUCUACCUACUGACUGGAGAGGUUUAUGUUCCUGUAAAGAAUUCUAAUAAUGAGAAUAUGGCCAGCAGUCCUGUAUCAGGAGGCAGGAUCCAGACCACUGUCAUGGAGCCUACACCUUCAUCUCUGUUGCAUGACAGAAGCUAUGAGCAGAAGAUCCUGGACCUCACCAAUAUGAUCAUUGAACUGCUGACUAGAGAGGUUCCUAUAAGGCAUCAGGAUGUCACUGUUCAUUUCUCCAUGAAGGAGUGGGAAUUUAUAGAAGGUCACAAGGAUCUGUACAAGGAUAUCCUGAUGGAGAUGGAUCACCAGCCUCUCAACUCACCUGAUGGGUCCACUAAGAAAAAUGCACUAGAGAGAUGUCCUGUUUAUUAUCCAAAGAAGUCUAUAGAGGAACAUUCCAAUAUUCUACAGGAUCAUCCAGAAGAUGAAGCUGAAGGUUCUCAUUACAACAGCGUCAUUGAGGCUGAUGGUAUAAACAUAAUCAGUGUGAAGAUCAAAGAGGAAGAUACCCUGACAGAUUUCAGUCCAGAUUGCAAACUGGACCACCAUGAAGUGAUCAAAGAUUUUCAAGAAGAAAAUUCCAUUACUUUUCAUGUUCCACAAAGCACAGAUGUGAAAUCAACUUACCAGGAGUCCGAUCACUCUUUAAUAGAUAUUGUCUCAGAUUCUUCGGUUUAUGGAGACAGUGAAGUAUAUGCAUCUUCUGCUGGAGAUAUUGCUCAAAGUCAAAGUUCAGAUCUGAGAAGUUACUCAGACCUAAAGCCAUGUUCUGAAUAUGGCAAAUGUUUCAAAGACAAGUUCAGUCUAGAAACCCACCAGAGAAGCCACUUAGUAAAAAAGCCUUUUAUGUGCUCCCAGUGUGGCAAAGGUUUUGCACGUAAAGUGACACUUUCUGAGCAUCAGAAAAUUCACACAGAUGAGUCAUUUUCAUGCAGCAUUUGUGGCAGACGCUUCAUACACAAAUCAAAGUUCAUUGAGCAUCAAAGGAUUCACACUGGAGAGAAGCCUUUUUCGUGUAUCUAUUGUGGUAAAGGAUUUGCUCAGAAGACAAACCUUAUCCAACAUCAGAGACUUCACACUGGGGAGAAGCCAUUUGCAUGUCCCGAAUGUGGCAAAUGUUUUACCCAGAAAUCUGCAUUAGUUGGUCACCAAAGAAUUCACACUGGGGAGAAGCCAUUCUCAUGCUCUCACUGUGGGAAGUGCUUUGCUCACCGAUCCAACUUUGUUGAGCAUCAGAGGAGUCAUUCCGGGAAGAAGCCAUUUUCAUGUUCUGAGUGUGGAAAAUGUUUUACGCAAAAAUCUAGUUUAGAUAAACACCAAAGAACUCAUUCUAGAUCUAGUCUCUUCAGAAGGGAAGAACAUCAUUCCAUCUCACAGGCACUGAGUUGAUCCCUGAACCUUUUUUAUUAUUUUGUUAAUAAAAGGGGAUAUGUUAAAGGCAUUGUCUCAUGUCAGCAAAUGGCAUUUAUCAUGUA